AUGCGGACAAAUGAAGAAAGAGAUGAUAAGGGAGGGUUCAUUGCGGAGCCAAAGCUGCUAGCGGGUCCCGCACAAAAAAAAGGUGCCCCAUCCCCCGCAAAGAAGCGGGCAACGAGUCCUUUCAAGACAGUACCCAACCACCUUAACCCUAACAAACAGCAUGGUGACUCAAUGAACGGGCACAACACUUCAAUGGAGAACGCGGACGAAAACUCAGCGGCAUUCCGCUCGCGGGCAACGGAGAUUAUGAGGUUCAGAGUGUAUGCCCGAGUCCGUCCUUUUAUCCCUGAAGAGCUUGCGGAUAUGGAAGGACAGGAGCGGCGGUCUGUUGUGGAAAUGACGGAAAACAAAACAGUCAUAUUAGACCCUAAGGAUGGAUGGGCACCUAAGGCACAAUUCGAAUUCGAUGCCAGUCUGUGGUCCAUCCCCCCUGAGCAUCGUAUCGUGCAUACUUUUAAUGACACAAGACACAGCACCUACGCUACGCAAAGAAAUGUGUAUGAUGUCAUUGCUAAGGACCUUGUGCCCCAUGUGUUUGACGGAUUCAACAGUUGUGUCCUCACGUACGGAUUGACAGGAAGUGGUAAAACGUACACAAUGAUGGGCAAAUACGACCCGAGAGCUACAUGUGGUGGGGAUGGGGAGGAAGGCAUCAUUCCACGUGUAUCGAAUGAUCUAUUUACCAUCCUUGAUAAAAAGAGAAAGGAAGAAGAAAAGCCAAACAUUCGCUUCCGCAUUGAAGUUACUUUCGUGGAGAUUUAUAUGGAGCGUGUACGUGACCUCCUCGACCCUGCGCUUAAGAACUCCAAAGGAAGUGAGAAGUUGCAGGACGCCCGUAUUCGUCAGGAUCCCUACAGUGGACCCUUCGUGGAGGGUGUAACGAAGUAUCAGGCUGAGAACUGGGCUCAGUGUUGUUUACUGCUAGAGCGCGGCUCAACACAUCGUACCACAUGUGCAACUGCGGUUCACAACCAGUCUAGCCGCAGUCACGCUAUUUUCCAACUGACGGUAAUUCAGGAAGAAACGAUCCCUGCAAAGGACCGCUACUCACGCCCGACAGUUCGCUGCCAGGCGGGUCGCAUUAACCUUGUCGAUCUUGCUGGUUCUGAGCGUGGUGGUUUUCAGGAUUAUGUGAAGGAGUCAGCGGCUAUUAACACUUCCCUGUUGGCGCUGCGUCGAGUUAUUGACAACCUCACGGAGCGGCAGAACGUGUUGAUGGAACAAGCAAAGGCUGAAGUGACAGGCGGUUACUUCCAGGAGCGUACUUUGCCCCAGGUGCCCUUUCGAGAUAGUGUUCUCACGUGGCUACUGAGCGACAGUAUUGGUGGGAAUGCUCGUACAACAAUGGUGGCUACGUUGAGCCCGCUUGCAAAGAACUAUGGCGACACGCUUGCAACGCUUCAGUGGAGUAGUAAGGCGCGUAACCUUGUGACGCUGGUAAAGGUGAAUGAUGCCCAAACAACAGUAACAGACGGUAUGACAAGUAAGGCUGGUGAGCUUCACAAUGCUGUGCGCAUUCAACGACAAAACAUGGACACACUCCUUGAGUCGCUAAGGUCGAAACAAGCCAUCGCUGAGAACUUGGAGAAGGAAAUGGGUAGCAUGACACGUCAGAUGACGUCAAUCGAUACGGAAACGAACAAAAUGAUCCGGAAGCGGCAGGCGGUUACAGUGCAGCGAACCCUGUUGCGCAAAGUCUGGGCGAAGCAAAUAAAAACAUUGGAAGAGCGCCUCCAAGCAUCACAGAAACGGUUGGCUCAGAAAAACGCUACGGUGGCGAACUCAAACCGGCAACGUGAUGAUGCGCUGGAAAGGGAAAACGCAGUGAAGCGAAAACUACAAAACUUGAAGGCAAGAGAAGAGGAGCUGCAUAAACUAGUCGCAAAGAACGAUGCCACGGAUGAGGCCUUUCGGGAGGAACUUGCGAGUGCGGAACUAAGAUACCAAACGGAAAUGGAAGCUGCGGGUGCAGAUAAUGUUGUGAGCAGGCUCACCGAGUCCAUAGAGAACAGGACCCGAAUGGAGCGAAGAAAGCUUGACGAUUUAAGGGAGAAAGUGAAGGCGGCAGAGCGGAAGGCGAUAUCUAUGGAAGCAAAAGUAAAUGAAAGUAAGCAAGAGGAGUGGAAGGAGCAGGUGAGGCGUGAUGGAGAGGAAGUGGUACAACUUCGGAGCAAAUUAGGUGAGUUGCAGGCACGUUGGGAUGCCGUUCGAGAGGAAAACGACAGUCUGAAGGCGAUGGUGAAGAGAAAGUAG